GCAAGUAGACAACUCACUUUACCUGUGAUUUAUAUGCAUAGCCACGAAUUUACAUGUAAUUUAAUAAUUCCUUGCUCGACAGUGCGAACCUGGGGUAUCCAGCAGCUCAUGGUUUGUUGGCUACCAGAAGUGCCACAAGUUUGACAAAGACAGAAUACAUUGACACCGAGGCAUGGACGUCAGACGAUAUCUGUCACGGAUCCGUUACCAUGGCGACACCCGCCCUAACUUGGAAAACCUGCGCGCUGUCCACUUGGCACACAUACUAGCCGUCCCUUUUGAGAACCUCAGCAUCCACUGCGGAGAGGAGAUUGUACUGGACAUUCAGCUUCUCUACCAUAAGAUCGUCGUGAAGAGGCGGGGAGGGUUAUGCUAUGAGCUGAACGGCCUGUUCGCCUGGCUGCUGAGGCAGCUUGGGUUUGAUUGUAAAACCGUGUCGGCCCAGAGCUAUCGGCCCGUGACAGGAGAGUACGGGCCUGAGAUGGGACAUAUUCUGAACGUGGUGAGGAUCGACGGAGAGGACUGGGUCGCCGAUGUGGGAAACCAAUGUUUGUUUCGUACGCCCAUGCGGUUGGCCGAAGACCAGGAGCACACUGACGUCACAGGAACAUACAGGAUUCAACGAGAAGGGGACAUGUGGUUCCUGCAGCGACUCAAGUACAGCCACCAAACCAAACUGACCAGUGACUGCCGUAAAGCGACACCUGGCGGAACAGAUCGGGAUGUCAAGUUAGAGACCGGCAAGCAGUGGGUGUUGAAAUUCAAGUUUACUUUGCAAGAACGCGAACUGCAAGAAUUGUCCAAUAUAUGUAAGUGGACAGAGAAGUGUCACCAUGUAUACUCUGUGCGGCCGCUAUGCGUGCUCCCCCUAGCGGAUGGUCUCAUGACCUACAUGGGCAGGAAUCUGAUCACAACGAGGUACGAGGACACCCGUGUCUCCAUGGCAACCACGGCGCUCGAGAGUGACGACGACAUUCUGAACGUUCUGUGGGACACAUUUGGGAUCAAACUGGAUAAACAUCUCGUGGUAAAAGAUUGACUAACGUGUUGUCAAUGGCAAUGAGUCCAUUCCAAUAGAACAAACAUGGUGACGUAAAUAACACCUAAGGAGUGACAAACCUGAGGUUGGAGUUAUUUUCAUGUUUCGACUCUAAUAUUGGUGCUUUAUUGCCUUCGCCAAGAAGGCUAUGUUUUCGGUCAUUCCACAGGAUGAUGCGUCUAUUUGUAGGUCAAUAGCAUAUAACUCGAGAAAUUGUGGAUGGAACUUUGUGAUUUCUGAUAGGUUUGUAGCGGUUGCGAAAAGGAAGGGCACGUAAAAAAACGGUGUACCUAGCGUUUUCCUAGGGUACUGUAGCGGGAUUUGUGUUAUUUCUAUUGAAUUGAUUGUUUUUUCUUGUCU